AUGUUCCCGCUGCUCCUCCUGCUCCUGGCGACAGCCCACGGCCUGGAGGAGCUCUCGUACAAACCGACCCUGGCCGGCCCGGAGCUGGGGGGCCUGACCACCAACUCCACCUUCGUGCUGGAGCAGCCCCGCUGCGUCUUCACCAAGGCGCAAGGCGACGCCGUCAUCUGGCUGGUGGUGGCCAUCUCCAAGGCCGUACCCAACUUCAACAACAGCAUGGGACUGGGGACCUUCCAGGGCUUCCCCACCACAGCCCCCGCCUACAUGACCCUCAACACCACCCUCCUCAACUACCCCUGCCCCAAAUCCCCCGGGGAGAUCACGGUGCUGCGCGUCGGCAGCGAGACCAGUUGCGUCAGGGAUGAGACAAGACCCACCUGCAACGGCCCCCUGCCCGGUCCCGGGCCAUACCAGGUGAAGUUCCUCGCCUUCAAGGACUCCAAGCCUGUGGCUGAGACAGGCUGGUCGGAUCCCAUCACCCUGAAGACAGCCCAGCCGCUUGGCAGCACCCCCGCCAUGGGCAGCAGGCACAGCGCCGGCAUGAUCGCCCUCACCUCCAUCCUCUCCAUCCUCUUCGCCAUCCUGCUGGCUGGCCUGAUGGCCAUGCUGGUCUUCCACUCAGACGCCUACGGCGGCAGCAGCAUCUUCAGCAAGCCGGAGGCAGUGACGGUACAGCGGUACAACACCCACCACGUCUACGACCAGCCGGCCGCCCGGCUCUGA